AUGGGGGGUGAGGUGUGUGCAAGAAUGGGAGGUGGGUUAUGCAGAAGGAUAGCCAAGUCAUGGAGUAAUAUGCAGAAAGGCCUAAACGAUGCCGUCUCAAAGAGCUUCAUAGGCAAAUACUUCAAGUUAGAAGCUAGAAAGAGCUGUUUUACAAAAGAACUACGUGCAGGCACUGCCACUUUUCUCACCAUGGCUUACAUAAUCACCGUCAAUGCCACCAUCAUCUCCGACUCUGGCGGAACGUGCUCCAUCGUCGACUGCACGCCUCCCGCCGCAAACCAAACAGCCACCCCGGAUUGCAUGUUCAAGCCCAACGCCGGGUACCAAAACUGUCUUUCAAAAACAAAAAACGACCUUAUUGUUGCCACUGUUCUGUCGGCCAUGAUCGGGUCAAUUGCUAUGGGAGUUCUUGCUAACCUUCCCUUGGCCUUGGCUCCUGCCAUGGGCGCUAAUGCAUACCUCGCCUACAACAUAGUCGGCUUUCAUGGCUCCGGCGCCGUCUCGUACGAAACUGCAUUAGCAGUGGUCUUAGUUGAAGGUUGUGCCUUUUUCGUGAUAUCUGCUAUUGGCCUCCGCGCAAAGCUCUCCAAGCUUAUUCCUCGUCCAGUUCGGCUCGCGAGCGCGGUGGGGAUCGGCCUUUUCAUUGCAUUUGUAGGCUUACAAGUGCAGCAAGGAGUAGGCCUUGUUGGUCCUGAUUCGUCUACAUUGGUGACCAUCACUGCCUGCGCAAAUACAAACCCAGAAACUGGUGAGUGCAAUGGUGGAAAGUUGCAGAGCCCGAAAUUCUGGAUUGGAGUGGUUGGCUUCAUGAUCACAUCUUUUGGUUCAAUGAAGGAGAUAAAGGGCAGCAUGAUAUAUGGCAUUCUUUUUGUGACAUUGAUAUCAUGGAUUAGGGGAACCUCAGUGACAAAUUUUCCCAACACCCCACUUGGUGAUAACAACUACAACUACUUCAAAAAAGUUGUUGAUUUUCACAAAAUCAAAUCCACAGCUGGGGCUAUCAGCUUUAGAAAUUUCAACAGAAGUGAGGUUUGGGUGGCACUAGCAACCUUGUUCUAUGUUGAUGUUCUUUCUAUCACAGGCACAAUGCACACAAUGGCUGAAAUUGGAGGGUUUGCUAAUGAUGAAGGAGGCUUUGAAGGUGAGUACUUGGCCUACUUGGUUGAUGCAGGCUCCACAGUCAUGGCAUCCACCUUGGGAGUUUCGACGGUCGCCACUUACGUCGAGUCAUCGGCGGGGCUGCGAGAAGGCGGUCGGACAGGAUUAACUGCCGUGAUCGUCGGUUUAUAUUUCUUCGUUUCACUGUUUUUCAUCCCACUGUUUUCUAGCGUUCCUCCAUGGGCGAUUGGCCCUUCGCUUGUCAUGGUUGGGGUGAUGAUGAUGAAGGUGGUGAAGGACAUAAAUUGGGAGAAUAUGAAGGAUGCAGCCCCUGCUUUUGUGACCAUGCUUCUUAUGCCACUAACUUAUUCCAUUGCAAAUGGGAUCAUUGGUGGGAUUGGUCUCUAUAUCGCUCUUAGCCUCUAUGAUUUUGUUGUGGGCUCGAUCAGGUGGUUGAUCAAGAUGAGGAGGAGGGUAGUUGAAGAACAAAAUCAAGUUUCUGCUACAGUUGGUGUAGAUCCAACUGUUGAAGCUGUCUAA